UAUAAUUGUAUACCUGAUUCCUGAACCUCCUCAGAACCUGAUACGGUGAGGUGAGCAGUUGAGACUUGAGAGAGGCGGAGAGCAGAGAAUCAGAGAGAGAACAGACUGAACAGUGGAGACUGGAGACUAGAGAGAGGCGGAGAGCAGAGACUAGAGAGAAAGUUGAGCUUUGGACAAAGAGGGGAGAAAUAAAAACAUGUAUAAGAAGAUGAAAGAAGCUGAUGGAGCAGGACCCUUGAGAGGCCAAACAGAUACCAAGGAUGAAGAAAUGGACUUCAAGAAGAUUAUGAAGGAUAUUGAGAAUAUCAGCUCCUCACAUAUGACAUGGAAAGAGAGAAAGGAAAUGGAGAAUAGGAAGGUGAUUGGUCUAGGUGGAAAGCCUACUAAGAAGCAGAGACUACCCCUCAGUGUAGCACGACCCAUGAUGAAGAAACAAAAGGAAAGAGAGCAGAAAAUGCUAGAAGAGCGUUUGAUUCUUGGACAAUUUGGAGGCAAGUCCAGCAGUAGUGAUAAAAGAUCAAUGGGGAGGCGCAAACCUGAAGACAGGGUUUUGAAAGCAAGUGAAGGUCAUUUUAGAAAUGGUGUACUUGAUGUAAAGCAUCUGUUACAUUCAGCUCCAGCUCCAGCUCCUUCUAGAGGGAGUUAUUCAGGUACCCAUUUGUUCAGUGAUGGGGAAAGGAAAGGAAAGGGAAAGGGAAAGGGAAAGGGAAAGGGGAAGGGAAAGAAGAAUGGAGGUAAGAAGGGUGGUGGUAGGAAGCGCCACUAAAUGCAUGCAAGAUGGGAAAUAUUCACAAUGGAAACAAAUAGAAGCACUAGUUGUCUACUUUAGAUUUUUGUAUCAUUCUUGGAGCUCAAGCUAUGCUAGUAAUAACAUUGUUCUCUUAUUUGUCAUUGCUAAUGGAAAGGGUUAACUUUAUCUUCUCUCUC